GGGUUUUACGAGAAAACAAAGGGAGAGAGAAAGGAACUGUCGUGUUCUGAAUUGGUUCCACUAUCAUGAAGUUCAUUCAAUCUCUCAUUGCUCGAACCCGUUUUUCAGGCCGUGGCGGUUCAUUGGGUCGGGUCUCGGGGCUCCGAUUCUUCUCUGCUUCUCCCGAAGAGUACUCCAAGAGGAACUACGCUAACAAUGUAGCUGAAUACAACACUGUCUUGAGUUCAAUCGCUGCUCAAAGAAGGAAUUUCUUGCUGAGGGAUGUGUACGAUGAUAUGAUGCUUGAUGGGGUGAAGCCAACCCGUGACACUUUCCAUUCCCUUGUUGUUGGAACCAUGAAAGGUUCUAGGAUGCAAGAUGCUUUCUACUUCAUGGACCAAAUGAAAAUCAUGGGUUUGGUUCCUGAUGUAACUUUAUACAACUUUCUGAUUUCAACUUGUGGGAAAUGCCAGAACUCUGAUCAAGCUAUUCAGAUUUUGGAGGAGAUGAAGCACAUGGAAGUAAAACCAAAUUUACAAACCUACAUCUGCUUGCUACAUGCUUGUGCAGCACAUGGACGCUUAGACCGAGUGUAUGCAAUUGUCCGUGAUAUGACUGCAGCUGGUCUGGGAUUAAACAAGUUCUGCUAUGCUGGGCUUAUAGUUGCACACAAGAACAAAAGACCUGUUACUGAUGAUUUUCCAACAAAAGUUAUUGACUUUGUGGAGAGGUCGAAGAGUUGGUAUUCAGUUGAAACUGACAGUGCCAAUGCUGAGAAUGUGAUGAUGGGUGUUUCAGAUGAGGAGUUAUACAACUUACCAACAGCUGAAUAUGUUCAUAGGCGAGGAUUUGUAAAUAGGCCUUUCACAGCAUAUCAUGUUGCAUUUAAUGCUGCUGCAGACCUCAAGAAUGUUGAGUUGACGGACACACUUUUGGAAAUGCUGAACAAGGAUGGGAAAACCCCUGAUGUCUAUAUUAUGAUACAAGUAAUUAGGUGCUAUUGUUAUGCAGGAGGUAUUGACCGUGGUCUUCAAACUUUUGAGGAUUACAUAAAUUCAGGAAAGGCAAUUGCUGCAGAACUUUUUGUGACACUUGCAGAGGGGGCAAUGGUUGGGUACACUGAAAAAGGAAUGCAAAUUGCUCAAGAUAUACUGGUAUCGAUGAACCAAAGAAACUUUUUCUUGAAUUCCAAAAUGGGAAGUGAGCUCCUACUUAGAGCUGCUGGUGAAAAGACUGGUGGAUAUACUAAUGCUAACUACAUAUGGGACUUGCUGCAAGCUCGUAGAGUUGUCCCUUCAUUUGCUGCAGUACAAGCAUAUUACCAGGGCUUGAAAGACCGAGAGAUACCUGAAGAUGAUCCAAGACUUUUAUUGGUCUCUCGAACUUAUGACAACCUUCGCUUAAGAUUUGGGAACAGGGUAUUUUAGGUGUUUAGAGAUUUUGGCUUUACCUUAUUGUUAUGAAUUCUGUUAGCUGUUGAUGGAUUUGCUAUUUUUAGAGAGAAUCCAUAAGUUACCAGAAUUAUUUAUUUGAUUCAUGUGUGAGUUGGUAUGGAGAUCCCAUGUGUUCAUUCACACAUGAUUUUGAUUUUAUCAAGAAAGAGUUGAGCUAAGCUUUUACAAAUGGUACUUUAGGAGAAUAAUAAUUAGCAUGUAAUACAUUUUUUUU